AUGCUGUCCGUACUCGUAUCGACCUUCGCCCCGUUCCCCACUCUCUCCCUCUCGCUACGGCCGUCCGCACGGUUAUCAGAAGUGCAGGAUGAGAUUCACUCACGGUAUCCCGAACUGCCGAGAGGGCUGCGACUCGCGACGCACAGAGGGGUGUGUCCUUUGGAUGAUGAACCGGUAUCUUUCCUCUACAACAACGAAGGACAUGAAGGGUCAGCCGAGUUCGUUUCUCUCAGGUUGGUCCCGCGAGUGCUUGGAGGCAAGGGGGGCUUUGGGUCGCAGCUGAGGGCUGCUGGUGGGAGGAUGAGCAGCCAGAAGACAAGCAACAAUGACUCCUGCAGGGAUCUGAACGGGCGGCGGUUGAGCACUCUUAAGGAGGCGAAAAAGUUGGCCGAGUACCUGGAGAACGAGCCGGCGCGCAAGCGGGCACAGGCCGAUGCACAGAAGGCAAAACUGGAAGCACUAGAAAGAAAGCUAGGGAUUCAGCCGGGGGACGCUGCGUCUGGCUCUGGGUCGGGGUCUAGUGCAAGCAAUACGGAUGUGGUUGCGCUCGCGGGCAAGAAGCAUCGUUUUGAGGACACGGAGUAUUUGGAGGAGAGCAAGGAGCUGGUAGAUAAUGUGAAGAGUGCUGUGUCUGCAGCACUGCUGAAGAAGAAGAAAAAGGCGAAACUGUCGCACCCCACUGCGAUUGCAGCUGUGGAGAAAGAUACUGAGAAGCAGGUGGUCACGGUGGAGAAGGCAAAGGCUCCCAUUCCUGAGCCGGCUGCUGCGACACCGAUUUCUGCCAGUGUUGGUGCAUAA